AUGACCGAGGUGUUGAUAGAGAUCAGAAGGGGCCCCAACUUCAAAUGGCCAACAAGGAUGAAGGGUCUCGCAUCAAAGCGAGACCAUACCAAGUUUUGCCAAUAUCACAAUGAAGUCAGCCACUUGAUAAAGGAGUGUGUAUCUCUUCGUCAAGAGAUAGAAUCCUUCAUUAGGAAUGGCAAACUAGUAAGGUUCCUGGCAGACGAGAGGGACAGAGGAAGAGAUCAUCAGCAACCCCUGCCGCUUGAGGGGAACCGAGAAGCCGUUGGAGGCCGAGACCAAAGGCCAAGACAUGGUAAUGGCUCGAGGGAUGAUCGGUAUGUCGACCCAGCACAUAAUCAGCAAGCUAAGCCGAGGAAUGAUCGGGAUGCUUGUCCCCCACCUCAGAAUCCUAAUGUAGUAGGAGAAAUCCUAACCAUUUCAGGAGGAAUAGCUGGUGGAGGGGAGUCCAACUCAGCUAGAAGAGCCCAUGCUAGAAGGGUGCAGACAGAGGAGGUUCUCUUCCUUGAAGGGUUUGCUAAGACCUUGAAACAAGAGCCCAUGGUUUUAUCAUUCACCGAGGAAGAUGCAAAGGGCGUAAUGAUGCCUCAUGAUGAUACAUUGGUGGUAACAGUGACUGUAGCCAACCAUUUGCUCCACCGGAUUCUAAUAAAAAAUGGAAGCUCGGCUGACAUCCUCUAUUGGCCAGUUUUCAAACAGAUGGGCAUUGAUCGUAGUAGGAUCACACCAUUUGGCUCUCCCUUAGUUGGAUUUGCGGGAGGGCAAGUCCAACCUAUCAGAAUUAUCUCACUACCAGUAACAGCAGGAACAGCUCCUAAGCAGUCAACUGUCAUGGUAGUCUUCUUGGUAGUCAACCGACCAUUUGCUUACAACGCAAUAAUCAGUCAACCAGCCUUGAAUAAGUUGAAAGCGGUAACUUCAACUUACCAUCUGAAGACGAAGUUCCCAAUAGAGGAAGGUAUCAGAGAGGUCAAGGGUGGCCAAACUACAGCAAGGAAGUGUUACAUAACUUCCCUGAAGAAGCCUUCAGAGGUAACACCUUUGACGGUGAGCACCGUGGGAAGUAGAAAGUAA